ACAGAUUCCCCAGUGUAAUAUUCAACCAUUAUCAGGGAAAGGGAAGCAUCAUCUCCUUACAGAACACAGUAACAAGAUGAAUGGAGCCUAAAUGUACAUGUAUACAGUUUUUACCAGAUACAAGAAACCAGUGUGGUUAUGAACAGACUAAUGGUGAACUGUUUGACCCUACAAGAGAGAGAGAUUUGUAAAGGAUUCAGUACUCAGUGUAAAGAGAGAUCUCCCUGACUGAAGAAAUCCACACGGGAUUCUGUUAUAAACCAUCAGGAUAAAGAAAUAGAUGUCUGCUGUCAAUAAUGUAUAGAAUAGUGUACCAGAAAUCUGUCACCGUGUCUGGUGUUAGUCGGUGUUAUCACAUUUCCCGUGUUACAUCAGACCGGGUCUGGAUCAGUGAUACUAAAGGCAAUCUUAUACUGACAAACACAAAAGGAGAAGAACUAGAUCAUGUGACAGAUAGAGGUAGUGAUGAUGGAGGACACACUGUGGACUCUAAUGGUGAUCUAAUUUAUAUAGACAGGAAUUAUAACAUCAAUAAACUGUCUACAGAGAACAAAGACAAGACUACAAUAAUAAAGUACAACAAACCAUGGAGACCACGGAGUGUCUACAGCUCCCCCUCCACUGGAGACCUGCUGGUCGUGAUGUAUAGACGUGAUACAUGGACAUAUACAGGCCAGGUAGUGCGGUAUAACUCCACAGGAGAAAACAUCCAGACCAUACAGCCCCGCGACAUCAUCACAGGUCAGGGACUGUAUAGAUUACCUCUCUACAUCACAGAGAACCGCAAUGGAGAUGUUAUUGUGUCUGACCCUCUCUGUGUUGCUGUAGUGGUAACAGAUCGUGACGGUAAUUACCGAUUCUCCUACACAUGUCAUACAUCAGGAUCAGUACUAUUACCAAGUGGAAUCUGUACUGACGCGCUGUCACACAUCCUGCUGUGUGAUCGUUACACCGACUCAGUACAGAUAUUAGACUGUGAUGGUCACUAUCUGACAGAGAUAGACACAUCACAACACGGGAUAAACAGACCACUGGGCCUGAGUUAUGAUGAGGACACACAGCUACUGUGGGUAGGGGCACACGACAACAACACAGUCAACAUAUACAGAGUGGUAGAUACAGACUCUCUGACUGGUAAGUAAUAUUGUAGUUUGUUUGAUUGUAUUGUAUAAUUAUAACAUCUAUACUAAUUAAUAACUCCAUUAUGUGAGGGGGGUUAUUUAAGAAUAACUAGUUACUGUAUUAGUACAUGUACAUAUA